AUGUCCUCCCCGAACAAAGCGUGGGCUGCCCUCGUCACGCGCCCAAACUAUGUUCCUGGCCUCCUCGCGCUCCACCGCACCCUCGUCUCCGUCUCGGCGUAUCCGCUCGUCGUCCUUGCCACCGACUCGCUGGAUGAGGAACACCGUGCCGUCAUCCGGCGACGUGGCAUGGAGGUGAUCGACAUUGAUCAUCUCAAGCCUGCCGAGGGUGCGCACGCCGGCUUUGACGCCAAGUUUGAUCGGUUCCAUGACACUUGGACAAAGCUCCAAGUCUUUGGCCUCGCCCAGUUUGAGCGCCUCAUCCUUAUUGAUGCCGACACAAUCUUCCUGCGCGGUAUGGACGAGCUGUUCGACAUUCCUCUCGCUGAGGACGAGAUUGCAGCGUCACCGGCGUGCACUUGCAACCCGUUCAAGUUCCCCCACUACCCGGCCGACUGGGUUCCGGCAAACUGCUCGCUGUCACAUCAGUCCCGCCCGACUGAGCUCCACAAUGUCCCACAGCCCAAGCCUGACGCGCCUCGUACUGCCCACUUGCUCAACUCGGGCGUGGUUGUCCUCCGCCCCUCGACGCAGAUUAUGGACCGUCUUGUCGACCACCUCAACACCUCCCCCACAAUUGCGGAUGCCCAGUUCCCCGACCAGGAUGUCCUCGCCGAGGUGUUCCGCGGCAAAUGGCGUGUCCUUCCCUGGUGGGCCAACUCGCUCAAGACUGAGCGUGCGGUACACAAGAACAUUUGGGCAGACGACGAGGUGCGCCUGCUGCAUUACAUUCUGGAAAAGCCAUGGUCGAAGCGUCCUUCCCAAGCAAUCACACGCGACCUCGUCACUCCUGCUAUUAAUGGUCACGGACGUCCCCCCCUUCCAUACGGCCUGCUGGAGGCUGUACGCAGCACUCCAGACCAGUCCAGCAUGACCGACUACGAUGACCUGCACUCCUGGUGGUGGGCGGUGUACGACGAGUUGAUCAAAGAGAUGAAGGCGACAGGCGGCGACGACUGGGUCGUUGUGGAGAAGUGGGUAGCCAACGAGUAG